AUGGUAGAGGAAAAGAGUUCAUUCGAAGAAAAUAGUAAAAAAAUAAUUAUAAAUGAUCAACAGGUUUAUGGUGAAUUUAAAUCAAGAAUUGAACCAUUCAGCGACGAAAGUAAAUUACCAUAUGAACUAUUAUUAGAAAGAAAGAAUUUAGUGGAUAUCAAAGUAGAUGAGCAAGAGUUUAGAGGUAGAGAAGAAACAUUAAAAGCACCAGAACCCACCCAAUUUCAAAAUGCACAAUUAAAGCUUUACCAAAUCGUAGAUACAAUUAAUGAAUGUUUUCGUAAAAAACCGGAUCAGCUUGAAGCACCACAAUCACAAUUAAACGACAAUAGCAAUAAAGUUAUUAAAUGUAUGUCAUGGCAUCCACAACAUAGAGUUUUAGCAGUUUGUAAUAAAAAUGAUGUUAUCUAUAUCUACUAUUUCCCAAACCAAGAUAUGUAUGGUAUGAAUAGUGUAAAGCCAUUGACACUCUGGUUUGAACUACAAUCAAAAGUUUGCGAUAUUCAAUGGAAACCAUUCUUACCAUAUACAUUAGCUGUUGCAACAGAGAAUGGUGUUGUUAUUUGGGAAAUUGACAUUAGCGAUUUAAAACCAGAACUUAAAAAACUUUCAAUUCAUUAUAAAGUAAACCAAUCCAAAACAUGUUCAAAUAUUUUAAACUACCCAUAUUAUCAACCAACAACAAUUACAUGGUCAUCAGAUGGUUUACAAUUAGCAUGUGGUUCACCAAAACACCCCUCAAUUCUUUUAUGGGAUGUUGCCUCAAGAGUACCAACAUUUAUACCACGUCAUUAUGGUAACAAUUUUUUAGUAUGGUCACCUAAAAAUUAUUAUAUCCUAUCAUGUGGUGGUGAAUAUUCAAGAAUUUAUGACGGUUCAAAUUGGAGUUAUAAUGAUAAAGAAUGGAAGAUGUUAUCAAACUAUCAAACAGGUGCAUGGAGCGAAAAAGGGGAAUAUUUAGCAGUUGGUAGUGGUGAUAAAAUUCAUUUUAUUCAAUGUAUUAAUAAAGCAUUCGACUCAGGUGGCGAAACAGUAUAUAUCGAAAGAACAUCAACAUAUAAAGUACCACAACAAAACAAUUUACCCAGUACAUCAUCAUCAAAUAACGAUCUCUAUUUAGGUGGUUAUAUUAAAAAAAUAGCUUGGUCUCCAGAUAAUCAAAGAUUGGCUGUAAUCUUUUAUUUAAAUAGCAAAAGUAAAACCAAUGAUCAAUAUUGUGCAAUUUAUAAAGUUAAAACCUACCCAAAAUUCUCGGUUACCCCAAGAGGUUAUAUAAGGUCAAAAGAUCAACCAAUCAACUCUAUUUCAUUUGUACCAAAUUAUAAAAAA